GAGAGAGGGAGAGAGAGACAGAGAGAGACAGAGAGAGAGAGAGAGAGACAGAGAGAGACAGAGAGAGAGAGGGAGAGAGCUGCUUCAGGAUCUCAGUCUGCAGAUUUCAGCCUGACACUCGGUUGGUUUUCUGUCUCUGUUGUGACCUGAAGCUGCAGAGUCUCCGUUUGACUUUUUAUUUUUAUCAUCACAGACUCAAAGGACUGAAACUGAAUUUGAAUUCCGCCUUUUUUAAUAUCAUUUAGUUUUUAUUGGAUUUCAUUUUCCGUCUGAACCCUUUUGGAGUCCUUCAGUGCGGCGAAUAGUUCUCACUCGGAGGCAGGGUUUAUAUUUGAUCCUCCGUGUGCUGCGGUGGUUGUCUGAAUGCCCCAGGAUUACCCGCAGGCUGCAGUUCCCCCUCCGGCCUGCAGGGCGGCAGCAGAGAGUGACGGCCAGCUGCUGGACAGGAGGAGUGUCGGCAUGAGCGACUUCUGGCACAAAAUGGGAUGCUGUGUGGUGGCCAAACCCCCACCGAAGAAGAAGAGGAGAAAGAUUGACCGCAGUAUGAUCGGAGAGCCGACAAACUUCAUCCACCUCACACACAUCGGCUCCGGAGAGAUGGCCGAGGGUCUGCAGCCGUCAGGGUCGGUUCAGGAACAAAUGAGGUCCAAAUGCCCGAAGACGAACGGCAGGAACAGCCUGUUAUAGCUGGAGAAAGUGAAAGUGGCGUUAACCCGCUGAACGACCUUCUCGUCUCUCCUCGCUGACCUUCACCCUCCUCUGAUCAAGCCUCGUCAUCUCACUGCCCAACGGAGGUUUCACCCACCCCGGCUGCCUCUCACUGGAGAAUCCUGCUGAGCUUCUUUUCUACGUCUCAGGUCCAAAAACAAAACCUCAAAGGCAAAGACUACAUACAUCUCCCAGCAUGCCUUUGACAUCAGAGAAAUAAAAAAUAAUCAUUAAAAAAAGGUUAAAAAAAGUCCAGAUGUUGUUCUUGUGCCCAACACUAGAGGGCAGACAUGAUGACAUUUUCCCAUACUGACCGAUGACAUCACUGGAAACUAUUUCCCCUGAAUCCCUUUCUAUUCAGGGUAUGUCGAUUAAAGACAGAAUGUCUGUAUUUAAAAAAGAAAAAACUGGAAAGGAAAAAAAUCUCUUCAAAUAGUUUAAAACGACUGGAAAAAAGACUAAAUUUCCCAGCAUUCCUAGAGACAUUUUUAUCUGAACUCACAGUCCAGGAGAGCGUGUGUUUGUGUUAUUCAAUCCCACAAUCCUUCACUCUUUCCUGGUGGAAAGUCCCUCCGACAGCUGUUGUAUUACUUCCGCAGUGGACUACAUUUCCAAGGAUGCUUCACUUUGAUCAGCUGUUCCCUUCAUUCAGCCACUCAAGGAUUAUUAUAAUUAUUUUAUGGUUUAUUUUUGUGCCUCCUCCUCCCCCCACACAGAUUCAGUGAUGACAUCAUCGGACUUCAAUUCCUAGGAUGCCUCACUGUGGAUGAUUAAAGACUCUUGUUUCAGGAGGCGGGACACUUCCCUGAACGUGUGUGUGUGUGUGUGUGUGUGUGUGUGUGAGGUCAACAUUCCACUCAAUAGAAAACAUAAAGCCUUGUUAGAAAAAGACUCGUUUUGAUGUUUCACACACGUCUGUUGGACUACAAAGCUGUGGGUCGGGGCCCCAAACAGGUCAGAAAGUGAUUGAUUUUGGGGUCGUUUGAAACAUUUCAUGGUGAAAGAAAAGUUUAAAAUCUUUUUAUUUUCUGAUUUUUCUUCAACAUGUUUUUUUUUUUGACAUUUUCUUCUAAACAAACAUCUGGACACAGCGAGCCGAUAAACUCUGAUGUUUGAAACGCUGAGGAGAAAAGCAGCAGCCUUCAUGGGGGGGGGGGACGACGACGACGACGACGACGACAACAUGCAGGUUUAUCUUCCGCUUUGACCUUUGACCUUUGAGAGGUCAGAUCCAGACCCCGGCUCUCAUGUUCAAACCCGCCAGUUUAAAACGUCUUCAAUAUUAGUUUGCUAAUGUUAGCAAGAAAUCAAACAGAGACCCUCCCCUGGCAGCCCUGCAGCGUUCUGCCCCCCACCUGAAGCCCCCAGAGAGCUGGCCAAUCAGAAGAGAGAGGCCACAUUGGGAGGGGGCCUUAAAAAGACAGACGCACAGCGACCACGAGGGGAGAAUCUAAAAUUAACCCUUUAACUGUUCAGACCCCCCCGACCCGUCCCCCCGACCCAUCCCCCCGACCCAUCCCCCCGACCCGUCCCCCCCCCGACCCGUCCCCUGCCGACCCAUCCCCCCGACCCAACCCCCCCGACCCGUCCCCCCGACCCGUCCCCUGCCGACCCGUCCCCCCCGACCCAUCCCCCCGACCCGUCCCCCCCCCCCGACCCGUCAACAUCCUGCUGAGAAACUCUUCUUCACGUGUUUUAAAUGUGACAGAAGCAUGGAGUGUGUCUUCUAAAAGGUCAAAGGUCAGGUCCAGAUGUUUGUUUCACACAUAUUAAAGAGCGUGCUGAGAACUGAA